UCAAGAAAACCGAUUACUUAACGGCGAACGCUCCGUUUAUGUCUUCACUCUGAAAACGAAUAACGAUAAUCCAACUGCCUUUCCCACCAAAAACUUAUCUGUACUUCUCUCUCUCUCUCUCUCUCUCUCUCUCUCUCUCUCUCUCAAGCACACACACAGAAGACACCCGUCAUCCUCACCACAGUCAUCGAUUCACUUUCCCAAAUUGAAAAUGGCGAAAUCCGACUUCUGGCCUUCUCAAUUCAUAUAUUUCUUGGUGAUCUUGACAGUUAAUUCAAUGGCCAGGGCACAACCCCAACAAAGUCCGAGCUACCUCCAUUUCGUGUUCAACGCCACCCAGAUGCCCUCAGAAGACUACUACGACUUCAUAAUCGUUGGCGGCGGCACUGCCGGAUGCCCCUUGGCGGCCACACUAUCGGAGUUCUUCUCAGUACUUGUUCUUGAAAGGGGCGGGAUUCCCUACGACUACCCUAACUUGAUGACUCAAGAAGGGUUCCUCACCACUCUGACCGACGUGGACACCCUCACCUCGCCGGCUCAAGCCUUCACCUCGGAAGACGGCGUCCCGAACGCCAGAGGGAGGGUUCUCGGUGGCAGCAGCGCAAUCAACGCCGGCUUCUACAGCCGAGCCGACCAAGAUUUCUACGAGAACUCAGGCAUCAACUGGAACCUACGCGUCGUGAACCAGUCAUACCUUUGGGUCGAGCGAGCCAUUGUGUUUCACCCUGAUCUCAAGAACUGGCAGUUGGCCUUAAGAGAUGGGUUGUUGGAAUCUGGUGUCGAUCCUUAUAAUGGGUUUAGUUUGGACCAUCUAUUGGGUACCAAGAUUGGUGGCUCCACCUUUGACAGCUCUGGCCGCCGCCACAGUGCGGCUGAUCUCCUUAGCUAUGCCAAAAAUUCCAAUAUCAGAGUUGCUGUCCACGCGAGUGUUGAGAGGGUUCUUGUAGCCUCUGAUUCGGCUAAUGCUGGAGCGAGACAGUCAGCUAUAGGAGUGAUUUAUCGCGAUGAACUGGGGUUUUACCACCAUGCUAUGGUGAGGGAAAAGGGUGAAGUGAUUCUAUCUGCUGGUGCAAUUGGAAGCCCUCACCUUCUUCUUUUAAGUGGGAUAGGCCCAAGGGGUUACCUUUCUUCUUUAGGGAUUCCUGUAGUCCAUCACUUGCCUUCUGUGGGGCAGUUUCUUUAUGAUAACCCGCGAAAUGGGAUCUCCAUUGUGCCUCCUACUCCGCUGGAGCAUUCUCUCAUUCAGGUGGUGGGGAUAACAGAUUCCGGGGCUUAUCUUGAAGCGGCUUCUAAUGUUGUACCUUUUGCUUCCCCUUCCCGCUCUGUCUUCAUCCGUAACCCGUCUUCUUCGCUUCUGUAUGUCACUGUUGCCUCCAUCAUGGAGAAGAUUAUCGGGCCAGUUUCUGCAGGUUCACUCCGGUUAGCUUCGACCGAUAUUAGGAUGAAUCCCAUUGUCAGGUUCAACUAUUUCAGUGACCUGGCAGAUUUGGAGCGGUGUAUAAAUGGCACGCGGAAGAUUGGUGAUGUGCUGAGAAGCCGCUCCAUGGAUGAAUUCAAGUUUCACGACCGGUUAGGAGGUCGAAGUUUUAGAUAUGUAGGGGCCAUAUUGCCUGCUGAUCAGUCUAAUGAUCGGCUGAUGGGAGACUUUUGCCGUCGGACAGUUAGUACUAUCUGGCACUAUCACGGUGGCUGCCUUGUGGGGAAGGUGGUUGAUUGCAAAUUCCGGGUAAUGGGUAUUGGCUCUCUCCGAGUUGUUGACGGUUCAACAUUCUCUAUCUCUCCUGGAACCAAUCCUCAGGCUACUGUUUUGAUGCUUGGACGGUACGUGGGGAUGCAGAUUAUCAGAGAGAGGAGAUAGAAGCCAUGAAUUACACAAUCCAGCCUGCUGAAACUUAGAGCUUUUUGUGCUGCUAAUGUGCUGCUACUGAUGUUUUGUCCAUUUUGCUUCCAUGUUUGACCAUUUUACUGAUAUAUACCUCCCUUUUAAAGAUACAGUGAAGGCUUGUGUAGAAAUAUAGUUCUUUUUUUUUUAAUUCUUUGAUGCAAAGCUAAAGAAUGCACGACAAGAAGUCUGUCUCUUUGUACCGUAAUUGAACUAGUAGCAUAUUGGACAUAGAUAUGAUGGGUUAACAUUGAA